GAGUCCUCCUCACCAUCGAGUCGGAGACCAGAACAGGCCUUGCUGGAUCCGAUGGUCUCCGCGGGGCUAGAAGGGCCGCUUCCGGUGACGCCAGAGCGGAGAGUGUUCUGCGUUGGGGAAGAAGAUGAAGGCGGCUGGAGGCGGACUAGGCCCUGGAGGGAGCCCGAUUGCCGCCCACGGGGACUGAGACUUUGGCGGGGAGGGAGGCAGGUGAGGGAGCGGGAGGAGGAGAAGGAGUCGCCGCGGGCCGGGGCUGCUGGCUGGCCCUAAUGGCGGCUGUCUAGCCAGGCGCGUCCAGGGUGGUGCAGCCCCAUGGCAGUCCCGCCUUUGCCCGCCUCGUUGGACCCUCCGAGGAGGGAUCGAGCCCUUCCUCCACGGGCAGCGCGGCGGCCAGCGCUCGUUCCCCUCUGACUCGCCCGCGCCUGAUUUACAUGGAAGAUAAGCAGAAAUACCUUAUUUUGCAAGAUAAAUUGGUGUUAAAAGAAGAAACGAAAGGAAUCAGCCUCCAUAUUUGGGUGCUUUCACUCAUCAGCUCCAGUGGAUAAAUCUCGACUGUCCUCACUCUUGCCCAAAGAAGAAGAUGCCUGUGAUAAUUGAUCAGCUCCAGAUAAACGAAACAAGGGGAACCAUGGCCACCACAAAUCCUCUGGAGAACCUCCAAGUGGAAGCCAGCUGUUCUGUCUGUCUGGAGUACCUGAAAGAUCCUGUGAUCAUCGAUUGUGGCCACAACUUCUGCCGGGUGUGCAUCACCCGCUGGUGGGAGGAUUUGAACCGAGACUUCCCAUGCCCCGUGUGCCGUAAGACUUUCCGCCACCGCUCUCUGAAGCCCAACCGGCAGCUCGGCAACAUGGUGGAGAUUGCCAAGCAACUCCAGGUCACCAAUAAGCGAAAGAUACGGGAUGAGAACUUAUGCGAGAAGCAUAAUGAAGUGCUUCGCCUCUUCUGUAAGGAAGACCAGGAGGCAGUUUGCUUAGCAUGCGAGAUCUCCCACGAACACCGUUCUCACACGGUUGUGUCCUUGGAUGAUGCCUCACAGGAAUACAAGGAAAAGAUGCAGAAAUGUUUGGAGCCCUUGGAAAAGAAAUUGCAAGAGAUCGCCCACUGCAAAUCCCGAGAAGAAAAGAAGGCUGGGGAACUCAAGGCAGGUGUUGAGUCCUCUGUUCACUGUCGAAGGACAGAGUAUUUAUUCUUAAUUUAAUUCUUCACUGUAGCC